GAAUAUUAACAAGCUCACUAUCUGAGGUUAGUCUGAGACUUAGACGACAGCAAAGAAUGACAAGCCAGCCAAACCCAAAAGAGAAUCCGGAAACAAUCUACAGCUUCACUGUCAAGGAUGCCAAGGGCAAUGAUGUAGAUCUUAGCACUUACAAGGGAAAAGUCCUACUUAUAGUCAAUGUUGCUUCUAAAUGUGGAAUGACCAACUCAAAUUACACGGAGUUGAAUCAAUUAUAUGAGAAGUACAAAAAUCAAGGCUUGGAGAUAUUGGCAUUUCCAUGUAACCAGUUUGGUGAGGAGGAACCUGGAAGUAAUGAAGAGAUUACAGAAUUUGUCUGCACUCGUUUCAAAUCAGAUUUUCCUAUCUUUGAUAAGAUCGAAGUGAAUGGUGAUAAUGCUUCUGCGAUAUACAAGUUCCUAAAGCUAGGCAAAUGGGGAAUUUUUGGAGAUGACAUCCAAUGGAACUUCGCCAAGUUUCUGGUUGACAAGGACGGGAAAGUCGUUGACCGUUAUUACCCAACAACUUCUGCCCUUAGCCUUGAGCGUGACAUAAAGAAGCUCUUGGGGAUACCAUGAUUGCUGAGAUGUGGAGGCAUGAACAAAAUCAAUGUGAAUUUAGGUCUUUCUAGAUAUGAUUGCUUUUUGCAUGUUUGAGACCUGUAAGAAUUCUGCUGUUAAGGUUGUAAUGUGCGUUGUUAUUAUCAAGAGGGGUAAUAGAAGACUAAAGCAAAUGCAAUCCCUCCACUUUUUUUUUAUGCAUUCUUGUACUUACCAUAUCACCCUUUCUCAAUUCCAGUUGUAUGUUCUAUGUUGACUGAUCUAUGUAAUGCCGUUUUAGAUAUUACAAGAAUUUGAACGCAGAGCUGUCUGUAGAGGACCUCUGUUCAUCUGUCUCGAA